UAGUUAUGACGGCCAAGGUUCCGCCGCCUGGAAGAUAAACAAUUGUAAGCAGAAUUUCGAUGCUCCCCUUUGUAAAAACCUCCCCAUUAACAUGAACUUGGGUACGUUGACGAACUCGGUGGUGAAAGGAAUAAAGUCUAUGGACAGCAAGUUUUUCCACAUGAAUGUGAUACAAUGCAAGAACCUGACGUUGAAUAAAAUCAAUAUCCAUGCGCCGUCGGACAGCGCAAACACCGACGGAAUCCACAUCGGGCGUUCCGAAGGGGUUACGGAGGACGGUGCCGAAAUUAAGACCGGCGAUGACUGUAUCUCCUUCGGGGAUGGCGCCAAGAAGGUGACCAUCGAAAAUGUGAAGUGCGGCCCAGGCCACGGAAUCAGUAUCGAAAGUUUAGGAAGAUACCCUAACGAACAACCGGUGGAGGACGUGUGCAUCAAACACUGCAAACUCACCAAUACUAUGUUCGGAGUUAGGAUCAAGACGUGGCCGGCAUCUCCAGAGGGCGUCGCCACCGGCAUGCACUUCAAAGAUGUAACGAUGGACAACGUGAGCAACCCAAUUUUGAUCGAUCAGCAAUACUGCCCCUGGAAUCAAUGCAAGGUUGGCGCCCCGUCGAAAGUAAAGAUCAGCGACGUUAGCUUCAAGGACAUAAAGGGGACGUCGGCGACGAAGGUGGCAGUGAAGUUACUAUGCAGCCCUGGAGUACCGUGUGAAAAAGUAGUGAUGUGCGGGGUGAACUUGGAAUACCAUGGAACCAACGGCAGCGCCAUAUCGGAAUGUCACAACGUGAAGCCAACACUCUCUGGCAAAAACGUCCCUCCAAUUUGUGAUGACGCUAAAGCUUCUGCGUAAGCACGUCUCCAAGUAGUAUUAGACUUUAUUUAAUUUGUAAAUAAACAACUUAGAUCUAUCAGUGUGGA